AUGGCGUCGAGGCGCCGUCCGAGUGUGGACCGGGAGGAGGCACAGGCCUUGGAAGCUGCCGAGGUCUGUGGUCCGCCUCAGCUCUGGAGCUCCGUACUCACUCCACAAGUGGAGCUUAUUCGUGAUGUCCUUCGUCUGAGCUUUAGUACUCAAGUUGUGAACCAACUUGUGGUCCGGAGCGAUUGGGUGGCGUCAUAUGCAACCGAGACACGGUGUUGGUGGACGACGACGUCGUCAACAUUCGAGUUGCCAACGACAGCGGCAUUGUCGGGGUCUUUUUUUGAUCCAGAGGAACAGAAUAUUGAGUCAUUUUGCAAGAGACUCAGGAAACUGCAUGCACCGAGUCUGGAGCUUGAGCCGACGCCACUGAGAACCCCAAGUAAGAAGCCAAGACAAGGAUCAGGGAGUGUCAAGCUCGUGGCCAAAUCAACCCACAAAUUCUUGUCUAAAGGUAGUGGUAGUGGAGCAAAGAGAAGGCUGCGUGUGGCUUCUGGAAGUGGAAACGGACGGGCAUCGUUGACGUUCAACACGUGUACACCGUCACCGGUGAUGAAGCUGAAGUACAGCGUGGACAUGGGGCGGCCGAGACCGAAGCGGGCGUCGAGAAGUCUUGAUCCACGUCUGUUAUCAGGCCUAAAGGAGAUGAAUAUUACAGUAGCUACUCAGAUUCAAGAGAAAUGUCUUCCAAUGAUUCUAGCACGUCAUAAUGUAUUAUGCACAGCACAAACGGGUACAGGUAAGACAUUGGCUUACUUGAUUCCAAUCGUCGAGCAAUUAUUACGUCAAGAAAGAGUAAAGCAAAUGCAAGACAAGAUGAAAAACGACGCUGCUGAAAUGAUUCGACAGCGACCACGUGUUUUAGUACUGCUACCUAGUCGAGAAUUGACAUUACAAGUAGCUUCAGUUGCAAAGCAGCUUUCACACGUGGCAAAAUUUGCAUCGUGUAUUAUCACAAGUGGAGAACGUAAAAGUAUUCAGCAAAAAAAUACCGCUCGAAGACUUGAUCUAAUCAUUGGCACUCCUGGACGAGUGGCAAAAUGUAUCAAGGAGAGAGAUUUUUUUGUCUCUCAUAUCGAUACAGUAGUGAUUGAUGAAGCUGAUACAUUACUUGACGCUAAGAUGGGGUUUCGGAAAGAGCUAGAUGCGAUUCUGGGGCCAAUUCAGGCUAGUGCUGCCAAGCGCAAUAAACCACUGCAGAUGGUCUUGGCAGCCGCAACUAUCCGCUCACCGAUUGAUCAAGUAAUGAAGAAAAAAUUUGGUGACCUGCAUGUCGUAAGUGAUGAUAAGAUUCACAAGACACCAAGUACUAUUAAGGAGGAGUAUGUCCGCGUCGUAUCCGAAUCGAAGCACUCGGCUUUGCGUGACGUAUUGCGUUUACACAGGCGUCACGCAGCGAAAACGAUGAUUUUUUGUCGCAAUUCAGCAAGUGUUUGCUCUACAGAGCACAUGCUACGCGAGCACGGCUUUCAAGAUACGGCAUGUCUCCAUGGCGACAUGCCGGCGGCAAGACGUCAUGACGCUAUCCAGACAUUCACUGAGGAUGCAAACGUGAACGUUUUGGUGUGCACGGAUCUAGCAGCUCGUGGUCUUGAUUUUGACUUAGUGAAGCAUGUUGUCAUGUUUGAUUUCCCAAAGACCGCAGUCGACUAUGUGCAUCGUGCUGGACGAACUGGCAGAGCUGGCAAACAGGGACUUGUGACAAGCCUUGUAACCAAGCACGACCUUGCGCUAGCUACGAGCAUCGAGAAUUCGAAGCGGAGCAAUAGCACGAUCAAGGAAUUGCGUGAAAAUGUACUUGCACCCUCAUCGAGAACUGUACCCUUGUCGGUUGGCGAUACAUCAGAGAAGCAAGUGCGUCAAGGUUUAACCUCAAAGCGAGGUGGCUUUGGCCAUGGCACGAAGAAGCUGGCGAGACACAAGAUUCGGACAUUACGGCAAAGCUGA